AAGGGGCGGGGCCAAAACUGCCCGCCCAAUCGGAGUGACGCUCUAGUCUUGCCGGGGGACUCGUGGGGUAACUUGCUCUGGGGAGCCAGCGGUAUGGCGUCGGGCUGCAAGAUUGGCCCGUCCAUCCUCAACAGCGACCUGGCCAAUUUAGGGGCCGAGUGCCUCCGGAUGCUAGACUCUGGGGCCGAUUAUCUGCACCUGGAUGUAAUGGACGGGCAUUUUGUUCCCAACAUCACCUUUGGUCACCCUGUGGUAGAAAGCCUUCGAAAGCAGCUAGGCCAGGACCCUUUCUUUGACAUGCACAUGAUGGUGUCCAAGCCCGAACAGUGGGUAAAGCCAAUGGCUGUAGCAGGAGCCAAUCAGUACACCUUUCAUCUCGAGGCUACUGAGAACCCAGGGGCUUUGAUUAAAGAUAUUCGAGAGAAUGGAAUGAAGGUUGGCCUUGCCAUCAAACCAGGAACCUCAGUUGAGUAUUUGGCACCAUGGGCUAAUCAAAUAGAUAUGGCCUUGGUUAUGACAGUGGAACCGGGGUUUGGAGGGCAGAAAUUCAUGGAAGAUAUGAUGCCAAAGGUUCACUGGUUGAGGACCCAGUUCCCAUCUUUGGAUAUAGAGGUCGAUGGUGGAGUAGGUCCUGACACUGUCCAUAAGUGUGCAGAGGUUGGAGUGCAGUCGUGUGAUCUCUGCUCACUGCAAUCUCUGCCUCCAGGGUUCAAGCGAUUCUCCUGCCUCAGCCUCCUGAGUAGGUGGCAUUACAGGCAGGAGCUAACAUGAUUGUGUCUGGCAGUGCUAUUAUGAGGAGUGAAGACCCCAGAUCUGUGAUCAACCUAUUAAGAAAUGUUUGCUCAGAAGCUGCUCAGAAACGUUCUCUUGAUCGAUGAAACCAUAAGGAGCCCAAUGUUUCUGUUCAUGAAAUCUCCCUUUUACUGGAAAACAGGAAUAUUGACUACCAAAUCAUAAUGCAAUUGAAGCUGCACUGCUUUUUUGAGCAGUUAUUCAUUCCAGUGAUUAAAACUGAUUGUGCAGAAUAUUCUAAGAGGUUAGAAAUUGGUGUGUAUAACUAUGUUUUUAGUGAUGCAGUUUAAUGAGUAGUGAGUAAGAUACUGUUUUUAUUGAGAGACUUGAUUUUUAUAAAGAGUAAAAAUACGGCUGUAUUAAGGUUACAAACAGAAAAGUGUCUUAAUGCCUAAGGAGGGCAUAUUGACUACACUACAAAAACAAAUUUUGUCUGUACUUCUGAAAAGAAUUUUGUUGUUUCUCAGCUGUUUUCCAAAAGCAAAGGAAGUCUUUAUGGUUUUUUUCUAUUUCAUGUUAUUUGUGAUUUGUUUAUAAGUUUGGGUGGGAUGGCAUACCAUAUUCUUGGUUCUUAAAAUCUAUCACUUUUAACCUUACACUUGAUGUGUGAAAACUAUAAAAACAAUGUAUGAAACCCAGGGGUUCUAAAAUACAAGCAUAGAUUUUAUCAGGGUGUUUUGUCAAAGCAGAUUAUUCAGUGAUUCCUCCCCACCAUUCUUAAGGAUGUUAAAUAGUGCUGUUGUGUUAGCUCUGAGUAGAAAGGAAAAAGUAAAACCUCUGUUUGGAAGUAAUACUGGGUUGAAUUCUGACCGCCCCUUUCUAGCUGGACCUUUAACAAAUCACCCAAUCUUUUUUGCAUUUCUCCUAACUCAUUUAUACAUUAAAUGUAAUUAUAACAACUGUGGGGUUGUGUUGAGAAUUAAGAGGUAACACUAUAUACCUAAAGUUUCCAGUACUAGUCCCAGAAUUUAGAAUAUGCUCAAUACAAAGUAGAUAGCAUUAUAUAAGUUUAUAUUUCGUGAGUUAUAAAGUACUUUGAUAUAUUCUCAUUAAAUCUGUAAAUCACCUCUAUAAGUAAGUGGUAAUAAUAAAGGAGGUAUUUUUGUCCCCAUUUAAAAAAUGAAGAAAUUAAUGCUCAGUAGUAGGAUGGUACCCUGAAAGGAUCUAGGAAGUGGUAGAAUUUCUGGUCUGUACUUUUACAAAUGGAGCCCUUGGGAGGUCGGUUAGGUAAGAAGCUUUUUACUUAACAUUGUCUUAUUUCCAGUCUAAUUUUACACUGUAGCAGAACCAGAUGGCUGAGAAUAUUCUGGAACUAUGGAUCUUGACACCAAGGAUAUAUUAUUUUAUUCCAAGAAAGAUCAGGUAGGCGAAAAGAUGACAGGAUGCAGAGUCAAUCCAUAAACUAAGUAUUUAUAACUGUUUGAAUUAUAGAGAGUCUAAAAAUAUGUGUCAGCUAUUUCAUUCCUGUAAAUACUCUUGCUGUGUUAUAAAUAUGGCAAGAAAUAUCAGGACCAGUAUCAAUAGACUUCUUGAGGCUACUAUAAGUUUUGAGAAAUAAGGUUCAAAAAGUAAGAAUGCUAACAGUUGAGCUUAGACUAGAGCUUGCUUGGGUUUCUUCCUCCAUUACAAGGUAAAAAUUUGUUAAUGUUUGUUUUUAUUUCAGCUUAGGAAAGCUUUGUGCCAUGAGUAGGUCGCAUUUAAUAACAAGCAACACAAGGUAUAUAGAAAUAACUUUAAUUAAAAAACUUACAUAGAAGAUUAUAAUAUCAGACAUGACAAAGAUUUGAGUUUAUUUGCCUGGACAACUUGGGUUUGUCUGGCUUUUGUUUUCUUUUUCUUUAAAAAUAAAUGUACAGUAAAACUACAAGCAAAAGUUUGUCAGUAUUGAAUUUGGAUUUUUUACCCCUUAAAAGGACUAGUAUAAUUUCCAAUCUCUAACAAAAACUUAGUGUCAAAUCUCAGAGAUUAGGCCAAAUGGCCAAUAUUUUCAGUUAUGUGGGUAGUACAACUUGAAUAACCUUUUUACAUGACAAAAAGUGAUUUAUAUAAAUUGUCCUCAACUUUCACAUAUAAAAAAAUGGUUUUAUAGCCUCAAAAGGAAUUUUCUUUCAUAUAUACUCUUUAGUAUCCAAAUAUUGAAGCUUUGUUUUUUGAAAAUGUUUAAUUCCCAAUCUAGGAUGCAAGCAAGAAUAUAUGUCUAUUUGAAUAGAGUAAGCUAUGGCAAAGAAUGACCAAAUUAGCUAGAAAUAGAAAUCAGACAGAAUUACUAAUUUCUUGCUAAUCUAGAAAUACAAUCAUUUUUUUUUUUUGAAAUUUUAUACUGAUAGGACUUCACUGUUUGUGGCUCAUUUUAAAUUGGUGUCUUCAUGAGACACAUUAAUUGGUAAAACUCAAAUUGAGUUUUCAAAGAUGUGAUAGUAUUAAAUUGCACCAAUAUUUAACUCAAAUUUGCUUGCCUUAUUUUGUUAAGAGUAAACAGAAAGUAGCCUGUGUUUAGUCCCAAAGAGAUCAAUAAUUUUGGAUAAAGAAGUUUUGUGUUAUCUGGUAUAUAAAUUUCUGUAAAUAACUUCUACUGUUGGUUAAACAUGUUAAACAAAAAAACAACAAAAAACUUAAUCUCUAUAUUCAAGAUGUUCAGAUGUCUUUUAUCAGUGGAAACCUGUGUUUUAUCUAUACUGCAGCUUACAUUUCAUAGGGUAGUUCAUACAUGCAUUUCCAAGGGGAGUCGGUCAUUGCCAGUGUUUCAAAAACUACAUAGGGGGAUGUGUGUGUGUAUGUUUAUUUUAUACACACAUAUUUGUAUAUUCUAAUAUUAAGGCAAUUUUAAUGAAUUACCAUGUAUAUAAAAAAAUAGCUGUCACUUGGCGCACAGGUUUGUAUAUAUGUGUAUGUAUGUAUGGUGUGGGUACAUAGUCUUAAAAAUUACCCAGUAAGGUGAUUUGACAUCAAGUUGCAGCAAUUAAUAUCUUGGUGUUUGUAAGUUGCAUGAUAAACACAAAUGACUACCACUUGUCUGUAGAUGAAAAGCUGGUUACCCUUGUGGUUCCAGAAGGAAAAACAGACUUAUCUUGCCUGUUUCAUAAACAGCAUAAAAGAUUAAUACAUGCAGAACAUGCUCUUAUUCUGGAGGGGAUGGGAGACCCAGAACAGGGCUUUAUUUCCUCCCAUCUUUCCUACAUUUACAUAGUUUUCUUAACCUGUUCCCUGUCACCUAUUUUUUUUAACAUUAGUAAGUCCUAGAUCAAAGGUUUUGUAUUCUUCUAUUCCAUCUGACUGCUUUUUUGGAUGGUGGCCAUUCUCUGGUACACUGGUACCGAAGAUUUCACCAUGGAAAACUGUGCUUGACCAUUCAACCCGAUCGUUUUUUUCAUCUUCACAUAAUAAGGCUGCCAUGUCUUCACCCUUCAGUGGAAAAGUCCGUCGUUCCCACCACAAAGACUGAAAGGGGAAACAUUUUCAGUUAAGUUUCAACUAAUGUGUUUUGUUUAAAUUCAUCUAACAAGUAAUCUGUACAUAUCUAUAUUGUAAUAAUUAUUGUUCUGUUCUUUUAGCACAUAACUGUACAAUUUUUCAUUUCAACUUAAAUAGCAACUCAAAAGGGAAUAUACUGAGAAUUCUUGAGUGACUUUUGGGAUUCAUUUCUUUACUUUGCCUCUGCCAAGAAGAGGAAAUGCUGCCACAGGCAGUGGUCUUCAUUUCCAACCUAAGAGCACUUUGGGAAAGUGUUCUCAGGUUUGAUAUACUUCUACAAUGUCUUCAUUUUCAUUAUUAAAGGUACCUAUUAACUUUUUCUUUCCUGAGCUUUCUGCAACUUGCCUGUUAAUUCUAUAAUCUCCAUUCCAUUCUAGAUCUAGAUCUUUUUCUGUGUCUAUUUAUGAAGAAAGGUGUAAGAAUUUUAUGGAUGCAGUGUUAGAAAGCAGCACCUUUAAGGUAGGAACUGGGUCUGUGGUGAGGCAUGUAAAAAUCUUAAGAUAUGAGGAGAAAGAAAUAGCAGCUAACGUUGGCCAUGUAGCAGGUGCUAUUCUUCAUCAAUCAGGUUUGUUUUGUAAUGAAACUUUGAUAGUACUCCAUUCUCUAAUAGAUGAAUGAGUACUUGGAGGUUCGUAUUGACUUGUUACACAAGGUGACUGUAGUUAGUAGUGGACACAAAAUGCUGGAAUACAGAUCUUCUCUACCUAACUAUCUUAUUGAAUUUGUUAUGUAAUGAUGUAAUAAAGAAAAUUAAUUUUUUUCAAGUAGUUUCUACAAACAAGUAGUUAAAAGGCAAGGAAUGAGAAGUUUAAUCAUAUAUAUUGCACUUACCUUGGUUUCUUGACUUUGAUUUAAAGAAGGUAAGCCAUAUGCACACAGAUCCUGGUUCUCUGAAGGAAGCUCAGGAGGACUUGCAGCAGCACAUUGCUGACUGCUACUAAAGUUAUUAGGGUAUUCUUUCAAAAGCAAGUCAUGUCCUUCAACAUUUUUACUGUAAGGUCUAGCAAGAAAAUCAGGAAAACACAAUUAUUUGUUAUUUUUUGAGGUCUUGAAAAUUUAUGAACAACCCAAGGUAUCACUGAGUCAAGUUAACUUGGUAACUUUAAACAGUUUUGCCCAAAGAUUUUUAAAAAUUCCUCUGGUGCUAUUUAUUACUUUCGUACUCAGAGGAUGAAACAGUACUUUAUGAAAUAUUUUACCGAAUUAUAAUAGGGGGAGGGGUGUUCUUGCUGUUUAUUUGGUUUGUUUUUGUCUUUUGUCUGACUAAUUAAACAAAAGAUACUCCUUAACUAAAACGACUACCAGACUUCACACAAUCUUGCUUUUUGAGUUUUGGCUCUUUUAAAAAUGAUCAAAUGUAUAAUAAAUAUAAAAUAACAGGGAUUUUCUCA